CCGCGGCAGAGCGCGAGCAGCCAGCAGCGGCUCGGGCUCCUGCCUGCCCCGGCGGCACCAUGCUAGCGGCGCUGUCCGCCCGCGCCCGGCAGGAGGAGGAGGAUGCCCCGCGCCCGCGAGGAGCCAGCCCAGCAGGAUGGUGACAGCCUCCGCCAGCGGCAGGAGCCGGGACCGAGCGCCGCUGCAGCCGCCGUCCCCGCCUUCUUCUCCUGUCCCCGCAGCCGGGGCGGCUGCUGCCGCCGCCGCCGCCGCCGCUGCUCCAGCCCGGCCCGGCUCCGGCAGCUCCCUGGCCGCGGCGCUGCUGCUGGCCGGGCUGUGCGCCCUGUGCUACGGCAGCUCUCUGCGGGGCGAGUUCGUGCACGACGACGUGUGGGCGAUCGUCAACAACCCGGACGUGCGGGCGGCGGCCCCCUGGGCGGGCGUCUUCGCCAACGACUUCUGGGGCAAGGGCAUGGCCGAGAACACCAGCCACAAGUCCUACCGCCCCCUCUGCGUCCUCACCUUCAAGCUAAACAUAUUGUUGGCUGGUAUGAACCCAUUCUAUUUCCAUGCAGUAAAUGUAACUUUACACUGUCUAGUGACUCUUGUCCUGAUGUAUACUUGUGACAAAGCUGUAUUCAAGGACAGUCGACUGGCUUUUGUCACGGCUCUCUUCUUUGCUGUGCAUCCUAUUCACAGUGAGGCUGUAACAGGUAUUGUAGGCAGAGCAGAUGUCUUAGCCUGUCUACUGUUUCUGUUGGCUUUUCUCUCCUAUAAUAGGAGUGUGGAUCAUUUUUAUGUUGGGGAACAUUUCCCUCCCACUGCCUCUCCAUUCUUCUUGCUGCUUAGUUUAUUUCUUGGGACCUGUGCAAUGCUGGUGAAAGAAACUGGAGUCACUGUGUUUGGUGUGUGCUUGGUUUAUGACUUGCUUUUCCUGUCCUACAAUAGACUUAGACUGAGAAAUGGAGGGGUGCAUCAGAGGUUCGCACGGCAGCCUGCGUCUUCUCCAUCUGCUCCGCUGCAGAUUCCUCCAUCCAGCAGGGAGAAUGGGAAGCACCGGUUUGCUCACAAAGGGACCUGGAACUCUUGCCACCCUGCAUCACCUGAAGAGCAACGGAGCAGCAGCCUUUCUGUCUCAAACAAAGCGAUGUGGGCUAUUCUUAGCUACCUGACCGCAAGUAACAACCAGAAUUUCUUGUAUACUGCAAGGCCAUUUUUGAAGAGGGCUGCUUUAGUAAUAAGUUAUGUGAUUCUUGUUUUAUAUUUCCGUUUCUGGAUAAUGGGAGGUUCCAUGCCAAUGUUUUCAGAACAGGACAAUCCAGCUUCAUUCUCACCUUACUUACUUACAAGAUUUCUAACUUAUUCGUACCUCCUGGCGUUCAAUUCCUGGCUUCUGCUAGCACCAAUUACUCUGUGCUAUGACUGGCAGGUUGGGAGUAUUCCUUUAAUUGAGUCGAUAUGGGAUGUGAGGAAUUUAGCUACAGUUCUCCUGGUGGUGGUGAUGAUAUUACUCAGCUUACAUUGCAUAACAGCAUUCAAGAAACUGGAACAUAGAGAAGUUUUAGUUGGCUUGUUGUUCCUGGUUUUCCCAUUUAUCCCAGCCAGCAACCUCUUCUUCAGGGUGGGGUUUGUGGUGGCAGAGCGAGUCCUUUACAUGCCAAGUAUGGGGUACUGUAUCCUUUUUGUCCAUGGUUUGAAAAAGCUCUGUGCCUGGUUAAAUAGAUGGGGAACUACUGCCCUGACCCUCUCUGCUUUGCUGCUGCUGCUGCUGUUCUCUUGGAAAACUGUGAAACAGAAUGAAAUCUGGUUGUCAAGAGAAUCCCUCUUCAGGUCAGGUGUGCAGACUCUGCCCCAUAAUGCCAAGGUACACUACAACUAUGCCAAUUUUCUGAAAGACCAGGGUCGUAACAGCGAAGCCAUCUAUCACUACAAAACCGCCCUCAAAUUGUACCCUCGUCAUGCGAGUGCCCUGAACAACCUCGGCACGUUGACCAAAGACUUGGUGGAAGCAAAGGAAUACUACAGAAGAGCUCUUCAGUUAAACCCACAGCAUAAUCGCGCUCUCUUCAAUCUUGGAAAUCUGCUCAAGUCCCAAGGGAAGAAAGAGGAAGCUGUGUUCUUAUUGAGAGAUUCCAUAAAAUAUGGUCCAGAGUUUGCCGAUGCUUACUCAAGUCUUGCUUCCCUGUUGGCUGAACAGGAACAAUUUAAAGAAGCCCAGGAGGUUUAUCAGGCUGGGAUAGAGAAUUGUCCAGAGAGCUCUGAUCUGCAUAAUAACUAUGGUGUUUUCUUAGUUGAUACUGGGGCUCCUGAGAGAGCAGUGUCCCACUACCAGCAGGCCAUCUGGCUCAGCCCAAACCAUUAUGUGGCCAUGGUGAACCUGGGCAGGCUCUACCGCUCUCUGGGGCAGAACAAAGAGGCUGAAGCUUGGUACAAACGAGCGUUGAAAGUAUCGCGGAAGGCAGAAAUUCUGUCGCCACUGGGAGCUCUCUAUUACAACACAGGGCGGUAUGAAGAAGCUUUACAGGUUUACAGGGAAGCCGCAGCACUGCAGCCUUCAAACAAGGAGAUUCGACUGGCACUGGCACAGGUUUUAGCAAUGAUGGGACAAACAAAGGAAGCUGAAAAAAUGACUAACCAUAUUGUGACAGAAGAGGCCAAGUGUCUAGAAUGCUACCGCCUUUUAUCAGCCAUCUACAGCAAGCAGGAGCAUUAUAGCAAGGCCCUUGAAGCUAUAGAUAAAGCUCUGCAGCUAAAACCAAAGGAUCCAAAAGUCCUAUCGGAGCUCUUUUUUACUAAAGGAAAUCAGCUAAGAGAACAAAACCUUCUUGACAAGGCUUUUGAGAGCUAUAAAGUGGCUGUGGAGCUGAACCCAGAUCAAGCUCAGGCAUGGAUGAACAUGGGAGGGAUUGAGCAUAUCAAGGGAGAUUACGUCAAUGCACGUAGCUAUUACGAGAAAGCUUUACAACUGGUUCCAAACAGUAAGCUGCUGAAGGAGAAUCUGGCUAAACUGGAUCGCUUAGAGAAACGAUUGCAGGAAGUCCAGGAGAAAGAUCAGACGUAGCUAGUGGAAGGACUGUUGUGCCCCUUGCAGAAGAAAGAGAAGUGGAAGCCCAUUGGCAGAAGUGACACAGAAGGAGCUGUGAUGUGACUCAGAAUUAAGGAGGGCAAAUUUGGGGUGCACAUUUGUGUAUCACCAAAGUUGCUAGAGACCCAUCAUUUCUAUAGGGUAUGCUGAAAAAUGAGUGAAAACCCUCUUUUAAUCAAGAUUUAUGUUUGGGUUGGAUGCAUAUCACUGCCAUUAGUGCUGUAAGUGGGAGAUGCACCUUUGAUGUCCUGGUCUCUCACUUCCCAAGCUGGGUGGGCUGUAGAGGCAAAGUUCUCAUCCACUGUGGCAAGGGAUGGAGCAGUGCCUCUUGUUAGUCAACACUCACCCAUCUAGCCCGCUUAAGGAGUACUAUUAAUGGUCUCUAAAGAAUGCCCCAUAAGGUCCUCCUCAGCCAGGACAAUGGUGACAAUGAUCAGCAGAGAGCAUCAAAGGUCGUUACAGGGUCAAAGCUGAGAGAAAUGGUGGCCAUUUUUAGGUCUCCAACAAUGACUUGAAAAUGACCCCAAGGAAAUGGAGAAUGAUGUCUGGACAUGGCUGUCUCUGAAAGUGGUGAUUCUAUGACUAGGGCUGCUAGUCCUUUGAGGAAAAACCUCAGUUGAAUGGUUUACUCUGAAGAUAAUCAUUUUUGUAACUGUUCAGAUUCAUGAUAUCACAAAAUUGUCAGAAAUCACAUGACUUUUUUUCACCCAAUCAGAAUUAUAAUUUCUAUGAAAAAUUGGAACUGUCCGAUGGAAAUAUGGAAUUCUUUAAUGGCUCCACCUCCCUCUGUCCCCCACCCCGCCCCAAAUCUAUAUUUUUAAAUACUGAGUGGAAAGGCAAGUUUGCUUCAGAAUAUGGACAUUUAUUUUUGAGUGUUAUUUAUUUUUAACUUAUAAUAAAAUGUUUAAUAUAUUUUACUGUGUUUAUAAGAGUUGGACAACAUCCCUCACAACUGGCAAUGUGGCUUGUGAUUGUUGCUUUUAUUGUAUAAAGUUAGAAAAUACGCACCACAAGGUUGUGUUUGAAUAAUUCUCCCUGCUGAUAUUUCUAAAGCAAUUGGAUAUAGGACCAAAUUUUCAUUCAUUCAUUACCAUUGAUUUGUAGGGUUGUACCAGUUCAGCUGAGAUGAGCGUUUGAUCUGUUGUCAAUAGAGGUAGCUGAGAAGGUUAGCUGGGGCAGUGUAGUGAUGUGAGCUCAUCUCACAAGUUUAUUGUUUUCAUCUUAGCCCCCAUCAGGAAACCAUCAUACAGUUUGUUUCAGCCUGAUUGCCAUAACUUUGCUGAAGAGAAGCGCAGGUCAUGGAAUUAAUAGCGGAUGGUUCAGGUGGGGACUAAAGUGCAUUGAUACAGCUCUUUCAGGGAAGGGGAAGCUGUCCUGGCCCCCCAGGAUAGUAAAAAUCUGGGGGGAAAUUUCUCUCUCUCAUCCCUCCCUUGCACCCGUGCAUCCUUUAUAUAAAAUACUCAUUUGUCACUGAAGUUAAAUAGGUGUUAACAAAAUCAGACAAAACAGAGUUUUUCGAAGUGUGAUUUUAAAUCUCUUCCCCUUUCCAUUGCUCAGUUUUCUGUCUCUUGACUCUUGUGAUGUCAUCAUUUCACUAGUUCUGUUAUCGUAGGCUUUGUCUGGACUAGCAUUUGUCCUCCUGUAGUAAUUGACUGUAAAUGCUAAUCUAGACACCAACAUUUGCAGAGUAUCAGGACAUGGGGGCUCAGCCUUGGGCAAACCACAAAACUGUGCGCUCCAGAACAAACAUUUGUGGAGCGCCUCAGUUAUCAACAUAAUUAGCAUUUAUGAUCAACUAGCUCCAAUUAUAACAAGGCCACCAGCUCUAGUCUAGACAAAGCAUGAGCCCCAGGCUAGACAGGACCUGGAUUUUUAAUAUAAAAGGAGGCAACAUAAAUGUAUCUUGCCUCCCCAAAACAAACAUAUAAACAAAAAAAACCCACAUGGAAUCCCAAAUCGUCAUGCCUUCUUUACACAUUAGAAGAAAAUCAAACAAAGGUACAGUCUCAGUUAUUGCCCCUUUACAGAUUACCUUUAAAAAUGAAAUGAUCCUUUACAUUCCUAAUUUCUCCAAAUCAGGGUAACUGCCGACUUGAUGGGGCUGAAAGACUGGAUCUGGGUGUGAAAAUUUGUCCCUUUCCACCAUUGCAUGUACAUACAGAACAGAGAGCUGGGAGCACAACAGAAUAGGUUAGGGUAAGAGAAAGCUGAUUGGGGAAAGAGGCCCUCAAAAAAACCUUGUCUUGAAAAUAGCCACAGGGUGGGUUUAGUAGUCAAGAUUUUUGAGGUUGUUUAAGUGAUAUACAGUUCCACUAAAAAAAUAAUGUAACAUCCAAAUUUUACACUUAUAACUUUUUUUUUUUUUUUUUACUCAUACGUGGGGCUCAAAGUAUGGCUCUGAUGCUGAUAUUAUUCUCUUGGGAUUAAUUGUGGAUAAUUUCCACCACCCAUUUCCCUUUUGGGGAAGCAAUGAUUCAAAAGCUAUUCAGGGACUGGGGUAGAAUUUAUGGUACAAAUUUAGGCCAUUUGAUCAAGAGGUUCCCAAUAUAUAUCCUUCCCCUGCAUUAUGAGCUUCUUUCAAUUUUCAUAGUACUCUAAAAUCCACAUGCAUAAUGAGAUUAUCUAAAAUAUUGGUACGCCACAACAGGGGCAGUGGUGCAAGUUUGGAGUAAUUUGGUUCAGGCGUUCCUCAGAUACUGUUCUCUCCCCCUGCCCGCCCCUCCCCCCCCGUAAGAAGAAGCUUUUAAUAUUCCAGUUGCUCUAAAACCGAUGUUCAUAGUGAGAUUACCUUGAACAAUGAUAUUCCACAACUGAAACUGAGGUGGAGGGGAACUUCCAUUGAGAUGACUGGGUCAUUUCACACCACCCAGAGCUAUUGUGUUAGACUGUUAAUCUCUUUGGAGCAUCCUAAUUCAUCUGAGUAUACCCCACUGAGCUGAAUGGGCCAUUCCACACAUCAACAGUAUGCCUGUACUGCAGAGGGCUUUGCAGAGCCCCUUCCUUUACACUAGCUCCCUGAAGUCGAUACAAAGUCUGGGGCUCCCUGCUAUUCCUCUUGCUGCCUCCAGCUGGUAGACAGCCCAUCAGUUACCAUCCUCCUUUCUUCCCAUGGCCCUUCCAGCCCUACUGGGGGCAUGGUGGGACCAGGAGGAGGGCAGAGCUGGUAGCUAAAGUGGCAGAUCAUUCCCUUCCCGCGGGUGGCCUCCAAUCAUACCCCCUCACUAACACCUCUUCCUCAAGAAACAAGGGAAAUUAACUGCCCAAAAACGUGGUUAAUACAGGCCUUGUUUAUACUACAGCGCCUUUGCCAGUAUAGCUAUGCCAGCUAGACUCACCCCUGCUUAGUACCCUCUUCCAUUCAAGAAGUGCGUUUCAGAUUCUUACUGGCACUGCCAGUCCGACGUGCCUUCUCUGGCUUGUCAGAUUGGGUUUACACCUGCUGGUGAACCACAGCACCACUCAUUAGACUGCUUCCCAGGCUGAUGAACCACCUGUGUUUCAUUAAUUUUAUACCAGUGUAACUCCGCUGUUUUCAUUGGGGUCGCUCCUGAUUUACACUGCUGCAAGUGAGGAGAGAAUCAAGUGAGGCACUGACUCCAAGCACCCGUGGAAAAAAAUAGUUGGGAUGAUCAGCAUCCACCAACCACAACCAUUCAGCUGGGCUGCCAUUCAGCUGUUCGGCAGCUGGCAUGAGACCUUGAGGGAAGGGGCAGAGCAGGGACAGAAAGA